AUGGAUGAUGGUGUUUUUGUGAUGGUGAUGGUGAGUUUUACAUUUAUGUCCUGUUGUAUUAAAGAAGCAAAGGGAGGUCAGAAUGACCGUGAACAGGCAGGAGGAGAUCAGGAAGACAGUCAGCAGGCAGGAGGAGGUCAGGAGGACAGUCAGCAGGCAGGAGGAGAUCAGGAUGACAGUCAGAAGGCAGGAGGAGGUCAGGAAGACAGUCAGCAGGCAGGAGGAGGUCAGGAAGACAGUCAGCAGGCAGGAGGAGGUCAGGAAGACAGUCAGCAGGCAGGAGGAGGUCAGGAAGACAGUCAGCAGGCAGGAGGAGGUCAGGAAGACAGUCAGCAGGCAGGAGGAGGUCAGGAAGACAGUCAGCAGGCAGGAGGAGGUCAGGAAGACAGUCAGCAGGCAGGUGGAGGUCAGGAAGACAGUCAGCAGGCAGGAGGACAGUCAGCAGGCAGGAGGAGAUCAGGAGGAAAGUCAGCAGGCAGGAGGAGAUCAGGAGGAAAGUCAGCAGGCAGGAGGAGAUCAGGAGGACAGGCAGGAGGAGAUCAGGAGGACAGGCAGGAGGAGAUCAGGAGGACAGGCAGCAGGCAGGAGGAGGUCAGGAAGACAGUCAGCAGGCAGGAGGAGGUCAGGAAGACAGUCAGCAAUCAGGAGGACAGUCAGCAGGCAGGAGGAGAUCAGGAGGACAGUCAGCAGGCAGGAGGAGAUCAGGAGGACAGUCAGCAGGCAGGAGGAGAUCAGGAGGACAGUCAGCAGGCAGGAGGAGAUCAGGAAGACAGUCAGGAGGAGAUCAGGAGGACAGUCAGCAGUCAGGAGGAGAUCAGGAGGACAGUCAGCAGGCAGGAGGAGAUCAGGAGGACAGUCAGCAGGCAGGAGGAGAUCAGGAGGACAGUCAGCAGGCAGGAGGAAAUCAGGAGGACAGUCAGCAGGCAGGAAGAGAUCAGGAGGGCAGACAGGAGGAGAUCAGGAGGACAGUCAGCAGGCAGGAGGACAGUCAGCAGGCAGGAGGAGAUCAGGAGGACAGUCAGCAGGCAGGAGGAGAUCAGGAGGACAGUCAGCAGGCAGGAGGAGAUCAGGAGGACAGUCAGCAGGCAGGAGGAGAUCAGGAGGACAGUCAGCAGACAGGACCUACUAGCAAAGAGGUGA